AUGAAGAUUACAGGAAACUGGUACAGCAUUUACGUGACGGCCGAUAACAAGGAGAAGAUAGCAGAGGACGGCCCCCUGAGGGCUUACUUGCGUCACAUUGAUUACCAAGACGAUGGACAAACUGUCUCCUUUACGUUUUAUGCCAAAGAGGUGCUGGCAAAAACCAAUGAUAUCAGUGAAGAAGACUAUCAGAAGUUUGUGAAACUGGCUUCAGAGAAUGGACUUCCUGUAGAAAACAUCGUGAAGUCCAUUGAGACAGGUCAGCUCACUCUAUUUUUCCUCUACUAUGAAAUUCACCUAAUCUAA